AUGCAAGAUGGCCACCAACCCACCACAGGGUUCGCCGAUUCCGCGACAGUCAGCGACAUCAAGCCAAAGGCGGUCCUCUACUGUUGGCCAUCGUCGUUUCUCAGCACUGUACCUCGACUGUGUUUGCUAGAGAAGGGAUACCCAGAAGACGAGUACGAGGUUCAACACGUCGAUAUCACGUCUGGCAACAAUUUCUCCCCAAGCUAUUUGAAAAUCAACGGUAAUGCGCCGACCCUCUCCCCAUUGACAGAAAAGGACCGUGUGCUGUGUGAAGAUUUGAUAGACCUGGUGCGGUCGCCACAGGUGGACCCUAACUUCCUGGAGGUGACAGCACGUGACGCAUCCGAGCUGCGGGUCAAGCUCCGAGGUGUACAAGGUGUCCGACUGCGAGACCGACAGAUGGCCCUCACCCAGCAUCUCAACAUUGCUCGGGAUGGAGCGUCAGAGGCGGUAGCCAACGGUGACCACAAGGAGAGCAAGCGGUGGGGCGAGGUUGUGGCGAUAUUAGAGGACAAGUGGCGGACAAGUCAGGCUCUCGUGGACAUCUGGAGCGGAGCUGUGGACGAGGAACGACAACUCGAAUACUAUGAGGCGAGUCGGGCAGCCUGGACCGUGCACCUCCCAGGGACUUUUGCCAAGCUCGAGGUCAAGAUGACAGGUCCGUACGCCCUUGGCGACGAUCCAUCAAUCGCCGACUGUUACAUCAUUGCCUGGCUCGCACGUAUCGUCGCCAUGUGCGGCGGUGGCUCUGUUCCGGCGGCCCUUACGCUCGUCGAGCCCUACAUGGGCGGCGUGCGUCUCGGGACCCGCAUCCAGAUCUAUUGGGGGCAUUGGGUCCAGCGCAGCAGUUUCCGGAAACUCGCUCCUAUUCUCUUUCCGUCAUGA